AUGACUACAGACGAGUUUGUCGCGCGUUCUCACAUUCUCCAUCGGUCGUUUUCCGAGCGACCCGCUAAAAUUGUCGCUGGCGAUGGAAUCAGCCUUGUCUUGGAAAGCGGAAAGAAAGUCAUCGAUGCUAGCUGCGGUCCAUCAGUCUCGUGUCUCGGCCACUCGCAGCCAGAGAUCACCGAGGCCAUCACGAAUCAUUUAAAAAACGACAUCGCCUACGUCUACUCUGGUUCUCCAUAUACCAACGGGGCGACCGAAGAGCUAGCUGAUAUUCUCUUAUCUGAAAAGCCCGGCGGCCUGUCAAAGGCCAUCUUCGUGAACUCUGGCAGUGAAGCGACUGAUGCGGCCCUCAAGCUGGCCGUUCAGUACUGGCACGAGCGAGGACAGCCUCAACGUACGCAUUUCAUUGCGCGAAAGCAGAGUUAUCACGGUAACACCAUCGGUGCCCUUUGUGUCUCCGGUCAUGAGUCUCGUCGCGAGUUCUAUAAAGAUUUCAUGUCUUCGAAUGUGACCUUUGUGGACCCCUGCUACGCGUACCGCAUGAAGGGCGACGACGAGUCCGAUGAGGAGUUUGCUCAACGCCUCGGCCGCCAAUUCGAGGAUGAGAUCCUGCGCAUCGGGCCUGAUCGUGUCGCUGGUUUCGUUGCUGAAACUGUCAGCGGUACUACUUUGGGCUGUCUUCCUGCCGUGCCUGGAUAUUUCAGGGCGAUCCGGGAUAUUUGCGACAGGUACGGCGUUUUGUUGAUCUUGGACGAGAUAAUUUGCGGCAUGGGCAAGACGGGUACCAUGCAUGCAUGGGAGCAGGAGGGCAUUCGAGGUCCUGAUAUCCAGACCAUCGGCAAGGCCCUCGGCGCAGGCUUCGUGCCUCUGUCCGGCGUGUUGCUCCACCAGAAGAUUUUCGACGCGCUGUCUGCUGGUUCUGGCGGGCUGGCGCACGGCCAUACUUUCCAGGCCCAUCCCCUUGCUUGCGCUGCCGCAGUCGCAGCUCAAAGAAUCAUCAAACGGGACAACCUGAUCGAGCGAACUGCGCAAAUGGGACAUAAGCUUGAGGCACUCUUGCGUAAGGAGAUCGGUCCAAUGGCUUUGGUCGGAGAUAUUCGCGGUCGUGGUUUGUUCUGGGCCGUGGAAUUCGUUCUUGACAAAAGCUUGAAGACGGCAUUCUCACCAAAAGCGAAUUUCUGCAACCAAGUGGUAAAGCAUUGCUUGGAUAGUGGAUUGAAUAUUCUUGGAAACCUUGGUCAUACUGGUGAAUAUCAGGUCGACCAUGUCCUUGUCUGCCCACCCUACACUGUGACGGAGAGUGAACUUGAAGAGAUUGUCUCUCUGCUUAUGGCUGCCAUUGUUAAGACAAGUGAGCCAUUUGUCAAGGCCGAAUGUACGAAUGGGGUCAGCAAGGUACAAAGUGACGUGAAGGUGGCCGAGAUUGGGAAUAUGAGUUGA